AGAAAGCCCCGAGACGCGCACGGUAGCCCUCCGGUCGCUGCCGGUGGGUGACUGACUGCCCCCACAACGGCACUCCGCUCCACUCCACGGCUCCACCCCUCUUCUCUCUUUCUCUCGUCUCCCCUGCCGCGCCGCCCAGUCGCUCGCUCACCUCCCGCCCGCCCGCAAACUCCAAGAGGCCUUCGAUUUCGAGCGAGCGCCCGAGGAGGCUCGUCGGCCAUGGGGAGGCCGGCGAUGGAGAGCAGCAGCGAGGAGGAGCUGGAGGACGACUUCCCCGGCCACGAGUGGAUCACCCCGCAGUCCUCCAUCCGCGCCGCCUACCAGUCCCAGACCGAGAAGGGUAUCAGGAAAACUUGCUCUGAGCUACUGGAGCUGAAGGAUGCCAUUGAAAACCUGUGCGGGAAUAUGCAGUCGAAGUACCAUGCUUUCCUCAGAAUAUCUGAGGAGGUUGUGGAGGCAGAGCAAGAGUUAAUUGAACUGCAGAAGCAUGUGUCUGCCCAGGGGAUGCUUGUACAAGAUCUGAUGAGUGGUGUGUGCCGGGAACUUGAAAUGUGGCAAAAGCAUAGUAAGGAAGAACAUGCGGUGGAAAAGGAUUUUCAAAGUGAACUUAAUGAAAUUUUGUCUGUAGAUACUCAAUACCCCAAGGUUAUUUUUCUGGACGAGAUAGACAUUUUGCUUGCAGAGCACAAACUAGAAAAGGCACUGCUUGCCCUAGAAACUGAAGAGAAGAAAUAUAUGGUUACAGACGAUUCAGGCAAAGAAUCAGAUGCAGAGAUUUCUGCCUAUAAGACAGCACUGCUUAAAAGGAAAUCAAUUCUUGAGGAUCAGCUUGUUAGGUAUUCAGAACAGCCAUCUUUAUCUAGUACUGAACUAAGAAAAUCUUUGUCUGGUUUAAUUAGGAUUGGUAAAGGUCCUGUAGCCCAUCAAGUACUUCUAAAAGCCUACGGUUCACGUCUUCACAGAGAUGUUGAGGCAUUUCUUCCCACCUGUUCAGUCUACACAGAAACUUACUCUGCAACCUUGUCGCAACUUGUUUUCUCAGCUAUCUCAAAGGUGUUGAAAGAAUCUAGCACACUAUUUGGAGAUAACCCCACGAAUAUGAACCGGAUUAUCCAAUGGUCCGAAUAUGAAAUAGAAGCUUUUGCACGUUUGGUUAAAGAAAAAUCUCCUUUGCCUGAGAGUGUUUCUGCACUUCGUUCUGCCUGCAUAUGCAUACAAACUACUCUCGCUCACUGCUCUUGUCUAGAAUCACAUGGGUUGAAAUUCUCAAAGUUACUUAUGUUACUAUUGCGACCUCAUAUUGAAGAAGUGCUUGAACUGAAUUUUAGAAGGGUGAGAAGAAAGAUUAUUGAUUCAGCAAGGACUGACGAUAUUCUGCUUCUCGCUCCUCAAGAAGGUUCACCGCCAUCUGAUUCAGUUGCACCUAAGAUGAUGCUUACAAGCAGUGGAAAGAAGUUUAUGGCAGUUAUCAAUGAUCUUUUGGAUCAUGUUACCCCAAUGACCAUAGUUCACUUUGGUGGAACAAUUUUGAGCAAUUUUCUCCAGCUAUUUGAUAGAUAUGUCGAAACACUUAUCAAAGUGUUGCCUGGGCCUUCUGAAGAUGAUAAUGUAGUGGAGUCACAAGAGCCUGUAGAAUUAAAAGCUGAAAGUGAUGCGCAGCAGCUUGCACUAAUUGGAACUGCAUAUACCAUAGCAGAUGAAUUAUUGCCAGCAGCUGUAUCUAAGUUUUUUUAUAUGCAAACCAAGAAGAAAGAAACUAGUGGAACGAGUGAAGGCCUUGGUCCUGGGUCCAUAUACUCCACAGAAUACAAAGAGUGGAAACGUCAUCUACAACAUUCAUUGGACAAACUGAGGGAUCACUUCUGCCGACAAUAUGUCUUAUCAUUUAUUUACUUGGAAGGGAAGUCACGAUUGGAUGCUAGAAUGUACUUGGAGGGGGGUGAUGAUCUUUUUUGGGAUUCCGAUCCCUUACCUUCACUACCUUUCCAGGCAUUGUUUGGAAGGUUGCAGCAGCUAGCUAGUGUUGCUGGUGAUGUUCUACUAGGCAAAGAGAAGAUACAGAAGGUUUUGCUUUCAAGGCUAACUGAAACGGUUGUCAUGUGGCUCUCCAAUGAACAAGAAUUCUGGGAUGUCUUUGAGGACGAGUCCAUCCAGCUCCAGCCUUCUGGACUUCAGCAGCUUAUUCUUGAUAUGCACUUCCUGGUUGAGAUUGCCGUAUGCGGACGGUACCCGCACAGACCAGUUCAGCAGCUUGUGUCAGUAAUUAUUACUAGAGCAAUUGCAGCUUUCUCGGCAAGGGAGGUUGACCCACAAAGCGCUCUUCCGGAGGAUGAAUGGUUUCUUGAGACUGCCAAGACUGCAAUCAACAAGCUCAUGCUAGGGACUUCUGGAUCUGAGUCCGACCUCGAAGCGCCUAUCGCUCCGCAUGAUGACGGAAUAUCAGAAGAUUCAGAUAGCAUUUCAUGUCUGUCGAGUAUAGGGUCUGAAGAUUCAUUUGCUUCUGCAAACAAUGAUGACCUAGAAAACCCUGUUUACUUCACCGAUCCUGACUCGUAGAGAGUUGGCCCCGUGUUUUAGAUGCGAGUCUAAAUAUUUCAAGCUCGGUUAUCCUGUAUACUUCUCGGAGAUGUCAUCAGUAAUUAUUAAUAUUAUUAUUAUGGCAGCUGUCAAGUUUAUUUGUUUGUCCCGAAA